ACAUUCAUAAAUACAAACAUCAAAAUGGAAAAAGUUUCUAUUGUUUGCUUCUUCUUCUUUCUUUUAUUUGGUUCGGGUUAUGGGGGCCUCCCACCGUUCUGGCGCGCUACGGUUGUCACGAUGACAAACUUGAUUGGCGGUCCACCUCUUACCAUACAUUGCAAAUCCAAGCAAGACGAUCUAGGAAUUCACGUGGUGCCUUUCAAGCAAGAGUACCACUUCAAGUUUCAACCAAAUCUUUGGAAAUCAACAUUGUUCUUUUGCAGUUUCCAAUGGGACAGUCAAUUCAAGUCGUUUGAUAUAUAUGAUGCUCAGAGAGAUCAAGGUAUAUGUGAUGACUGUCAGUGGGAAAUAAAACCUGAUGGUCCAUGCAGGCUCGGUAAAAAGGCGAAAUGUUUUCCUUGGAAGUAAGUUUGUACUCCUGCGAUGAUGAAGAUAUAUAUAUAUAUAUAUAUAUAUAUUCAAAUUCAAUAAAAUCAAUAAACAGAAUAUUU